AUGCCAAGGUUUCAAGCAGAGAAUUUGGAGCACAACAAGAAGUUGUAUGAGCGGGCCACUGCCAUUGCUUCAAGGAAGGGUUGUACUCCAUCACAGCUAGCAUUGGCCUGGGUCCAUCACCAAGGCAAUGAUGUUUGCCCCAUACCUGGCACUACCAAGAUUGAGAACCUCAAUCAGAAUAUAGGAGCUUUGUCUGUAAAACUGUCAGCAGAAGAUAUGGAUGAACUUGAAUCUAUUGCAUCAGCUGGAGUCAAGGGUGAUAGAUAUGAUCCUGGCCGUGGUACUUGGCGAACUCCUGAAACUAAACCUUUGUCAACUUAG